UGGCGAGCGGCGUCGAUGGUCACGUGAACACGGUCUCAGUGAGAUCAGGCACCGAUAGAGCCGAUGGUGCACUCAAAAUGCCCAGCCCAUUACGUUCGGCCGCGUGCCGCCAUCGUGCAUUCGCACAGGGGGUCGUGUCAGACGCGGCUCAUCGCGCAAUACAUCGCGGCGCACCUCGUGCUAGGCGGGUACACUGAGGUGGACGUGGGUCCCUGGGCAGACGAGCUCGCCGCCGAGGUUGGUGAGGCGUCCCACAGCACCAACCUGGCAUCGAUGUCGAUCAAGGAGCUCAAGCGCUUCAUCGCGGAACGUGGUGUGCAUUGCCCCGCGGGGUCGCUCGAGCGGCGGGAGCUUGUUGAGGCUGCGGCGCGCUGUCGCGGUCGCCGCGUCGUGAAGAAGGUGCCGUCACUGCGCGUGGUCCGGCAUCAUUCGAGCAGCGACCGUGAUGCCAAGGCUGAGACGCUCUCGGAGCUCGAUUGCCGCGUCAUGACGUCGGCUCGUGACUUGCGUGUGGCCGCGCGUUCACGCUGCGUCGAGACGUGCGCAUUGGUAGUCGUCGUCAUCGACGCGGAUGACGGCGCCGCAUGCGGCGCUUGGGUGCGCGAGGCGUUGGGGUCACGGACGGGCAUCGCAUCGGACGCGAUCCCUGUCGUUGUCUUGGCAGCUGAGGUGAUGACGCAUGAAUCAUUUGCAUCAUCCUUCGAUGAUAUGGCUCUACCACUCCCCAGGGUCCCAGUAACCGCGCGCGGAUUGGAGAAGCCCGAGCCGCGCGAGCUCUCGGGCCGUCCGCUUGUUAUCAGCGGCGCGGCCUGCUUCGUCGUCGGGACUCGCGUUUCUGACGGUGCCCUUGUCGCGCUCACACGCGGAAGCCUCGUCGUUGAACGCCUCGGCCUGCGUGGCAAAUUGCAGUCUACGAGAGGGGUCGAUCGUGGAAGGGACUCACGAGGGAUCGAUAUUUGGUUCGAGAUUGAAGAGCUCGACGAUAGUGGCUGGCUCGACGCAGAGCGAGAUAGCCUCGUGUCCAAGUUCUACGACCUCCUUACGACUUCGGGCAUCCCUAUGGACUAUAUUCCGCGAGUGGCCAUGACGACGGUGACCUGGGGUCAUCUUCUUGUCAGCGGGCCCCUCCUCGCCGUGGAAGCCGCCGUCGAUUGCCGAAGGCGCAACGCGGAACAGUCACUACCCUUCACGGGCCCCCGCGCUGCCCUCGAGUCUUGCAUCGACGUCAGAAAGCUCGUCGCCAACGCGAUGCGCGAAGCGCGGCUCGCCCUUGACUCGAGCGCUGCCAAGGUCCGGCGGGCAGCCGUCGACAAAGCGUGCAUCGCGGAACGUGAUGGCCGCGCUAGAGGUUCUAGCAACAACACGAGGCGGAGCUCGCACGCGAGGUCGCACAAAUGGGCGCCCAAGCUCUCCACAGCCCUCCGCAAUUCGGCAGCCCUGUGCGGCUCCUACCGCGGUCUCGAGAUUCUUCUUCUUCUCCCUGGGCCACUCUUUUCUUUCCUUGUCGCAACCCAGGUCCUUGGUCUGCCUCGCGACGCCGUCGUGUCGCCCGCGGUCAACGACCUCGCAUCAACGACCGCCGUUUCCAUGGCCUCAAGGAACAUCGACGCCCUCAUCGAUGCCUGUACUCACGCCAAGGUUCCAUGCCCAACUCUCGAUGCGCUCCGCGCCGCGCUUGCCGACACUCGCGUUCGGGGCGAAAGGACCCAGUCCGCGACGACAAUCUACGGCAACGCUGGCAGGCCCAAAGGCGCCGCUGAAUUCGCCACAGUUCUCCUCCGGUGCAUCCUAUUCGCCGCACUUAUCACCCCUGCGAUGGUUCUCGCCGUCGAGCUCCUCGUCCCCACGCGGGGCACGCAGACGCGCACCCUCUACGCGGGGGCUACCGACCUAUGACUCGUUGCUAUUGGCGCUUUCCUGGCGCGCUAUAUACCGGGCUUUAAUCCAUAUCCCGUC